AGCAUCUGUUCGUUCAUGGUAAUGAUUUGGAAGUUUAAAUCCAGUUUUGAUUAUGGCUCACUUGUUUUCAAAAGAAGACCUAGAUGAACAGUUUGAACAGUUUUUGAGAGAGUCUCUUUCAGAUGAUUCAAUUGGAAAUGAACCAAAGAAGAAAUCCAGUGUUCUUGAAACUCUUGGACAAGCCAGAAAUAAAGAACUGAAGAAGCAUCCUGUGCCAUGGUGGAUAUCUGAAGAUGACUCAGAUGAUGGAAUACGCAGAACAAGUGGAAGUUUUCUGAAGUCACAAAGGCUUUCCCAUCGUAUUGUGGAAGUUGAUGAAGAUAAUGCAGAGAGCACUCAGCUCCCACAAGCAAGUGGCAUUUCUGUUUCUUUGAGCAGAGAUAGCCUGGAAACUAAUGAGUCAGUCGUGGCUUCAGGUCCUAAUGAGAACUUACUGGGCAUUGGAUUGGAUACUUUGGAAGAACAAGAAGAAAAGGAGAGGUUCUUUGCCAAUCUUGAGAAAGGGGUAUCAUCUACCAUUGAUUAUUCCAGAUUAAAUAAGGAGCUGGACUCCAAUGAUUCUGAAGUGUUACAAGGAUUUCUACGAGCUCAGCCAGGUGUUAAACAGAUGGAAGAAGGAAAUGAAGAUGAACAGAGGAAUCAUGAAAAAUCUGGUGAUUGUAGUGAGGAUUUUGAAGACUCAGAACCCAAAGAAGGCAAUAACGUUGAGCAGGCUGUCACAUCAGAAGCAAAUGAGGAAAAGACUGGAAUGCUGGCUAAAGUUGUCCUCCUUGAUUCCCAGGACUCAACCAUGGAGACUCAAAAGGUCAGUGAACAGCAGGAUAUAGCUGUGACAGAACAUCACCUGCCUCAAGACAUUGCAGCAGAUGAAAUGAACGGAACAGGUGUUUCUGGUGGGCGAACUAAUAGUGAUAUUGAAGCUCUGCAUCAGGCCUACUGCCAUAUUGAACACUCUUUAGGAGAUACAGACGAGCAAAGAAUUCCUGGCACAGUGGACAUAGCACAGGACUCCAUCAAAGAUGCUUCACAGGAAAGAGAUGAAUGUCCCAAGAAUACCUCCACUACUGAUUCUGAUUUGCCUACCAUAGAAGAACUGAUGAAACCUUUCAGAGCAGAUUUGUCUUUUGCCAGAGGCUAUGACCUAGAGCCUGCAAGCUCUGUGAAUGCAGUGCAUAGUGUGGAUGAACUAGUGUCCCAUUUACCUUUGAAAGAACAUCAGAAUGACUCCUCUCUGGAAAAGCAGAACAUUAGCUGUCCAUUGGGACAACAUAAUGUACAGGAAGAUGUUUCUGUUCAGACACAUGAAACAGAAGGUAGUUUUCAUCACGAGACGAGUAAAGACAAUCAAAUUGAAAACAUUAAACAUGAUCCCUUAGGACAAAAUGUUUUACAGAUCUCUUCCAUUGUGCAUCAAGAUAUCAAAACUAACCAGGUACAUCCGCAAAAUAAAGAGGAUCUGGAAUCAGUGAUGAAUAAACAGGUAAUGCACAAAAAUAUGAAAACCACAGAUGCUGUGCACAAAAAGAAGUCUCUGAGUGGACCCUAUAGCUUUGUUAGGAGUUCUGGCUAUGGCAAAUCCAGUUCUCCAUUAAAGCAGUUUCCCACAGUUAAUGAAAAGAAGGUGUUAAAUGAAGGCAUCAAAAAACCAGCUUUGAAAGCCAAAUCUCCUUCAAGGCUAAAAGACAAAGAGACAUUUUCUGGAACUAAGAUAACACAAACUAGCAAACCAGUUUCUACAAAGAGAAAUUACCCUGCUACAACUGGGCACUCCUCUGCAAGUAAUCUUCAACAGCAGGAUAAAGAAAGAAACUCUUCUCUGCAGAGUUACCAUGUUUCUUCUUACUCUCCUUCCCGAAAUAGUGGAAGGGAGCUUUAUUUAUUCAAAAGAGUUCAGGAAGCAGAGGAAAAACUGGCGGUAGCCCAUGAUUUAAUUCAUCAUCUAAAAGCCACAUCUUUGCAAAAAGAGAAAGAAAUGGAGGCAAAAAUAAUGGAAAUGAAAAUGCAACAUGAAAGAGAUUUUUUUCAGCUAAACCAAGAAAAGUAUGUUCUUCAAACACAGCUAAAUAAUCAAGAGGACCUGAACAAAGGAGUAAAGUGGACAGACCUUUGGGAAAGAAUUCCUGAUGGAGAAAUGUUGAAAGAAAUCCAAAAAGAAGUCCAAAAUCAAGAGACUCUUCUUCAGGGCUAUCAGCAGGAAAAUGAAAGAUUAUACCAGCAAGUGAAAGAGCUACAGAUAAAUAACAAGAAAAAUGAGGAAAACAUGUUUAAAGAAAAUCAGCGUUUGAUGACUGAACUAGCAUCCUUAAAAGAACAAUUGGAUAAAAAUAAUCUUUUAUCUCGAGGAGUGCAGAAUUCCGAACCAAUGGGCAAUCAGAGCUUCACUGAUUUGAUUUUAGAACUUAGAGCAGCUAAGGCUGCAGAGGCUAAUUUGCUUGAAGAAAGAAAGCGGCUGAAGCAAGACAAACAAGCCCUUGAAGUAGAUUUGGAGCAAGCGAAGAAAGAGCGAGAUUUGGCAAGAGCCCAGAUUGCUUCUACUUCAGAUGCAAAAUCCUAUGAGAUGAAGAUUAUGGAAGAAUCCUACAAAGAGGAAAUUGGACGUUUACAGAAAAGGCUUCAGUGGUAUGCAGAAAAUCAAGAGCUACUGGAUAAAGAUGCAGCUCGCCUAAGAGGAGCAAAAAUAGAAAUUGAUAAACUGAAACAAGAGGUUGAUCAGCUUAGAACGGAAGCUGGGAAUCAGUUGACACAACAGAAGAAACGACUGAAGGACAGGGCAGCAGAUGCCAAACGAAUCCAAGACCUUGAACGACAGGUUAAGGAAAUGGAAGGGAUUCUAAAAAGACGACAUCCAAAUUCUUUGCCAGCUUUGAUUUAUGCUGCUGCCACGGCGAGUUCUGAUGGAGAAGGUGAUGCUUCAUCAAAAACCAACACCGUUGUCUUUCUUGAAAAAAGAAUUAAGAAGUUAGAAGCAGAACUUGAGGGUAAAGAUGAUGACUGUAAGAAAAGUCUCCGAGCUAUGGAACAGCAGUUUCAAAAAAUAAAGCUUCAGUAUGAGAAAAGGGUCAGUGAGCUUGAACAGCUCCUGGCAUAUAAGCUGCUGAAUGACCCUCAGAAGCUUCAAGACAAGACAGACAGCCUAGCAGCACUUGAGGAAGAACUUCGUAGCGUGAAUGAGGCCCACCAGAUUACAGUAAAAAAACUUCAAGCAGAAAUUGAUUCCCUUAGAAAUCAGAUUGCUCAGCUAGAGCUUCAGAAGAAAGUAACCGAGGAUGCAAGUAUACAGUCACUGGAGUUCCAGGUGGAGCAGGCUCAUGCAAAGGCCAAGUUGGUGAGACUAAACCAAGACCUGGUAGCUAAAAACAGAGAGAUACAAGACCUCACAAGGACUGUAGAGAGACUUCAGAAGGAAAGGAGGAUUAUGCUCUCUGAUAAGGAUUCGGGUGGUCAAACUGCCAGUAAAGAAAAGCCUUCCAGAAAUGCAAAAAAAGUGAUUUUUGAGUCAAAGAACACCAGAAACGAAGCGGUCUUCCCUGGCAGUCUUGAUGAUAAGAUAUAUCAGCCCAGCGCCUUUGCUGAUUCCCAUAUCUCAGAAGUCCUACAAGAAAACACCCAGCUGAAAAAUGAGCUGGAAAAAAUGACCUUGGAACUAAGCCAGCAAAGGGUAAAAUCUCUAGCAGGACUAGCAAAUUCUGAGAGUAUCAAACAGAGGACAAAAGAAGACUCGGAAGAAUACAUUGCAGCCCUUAAAGCAUCACAUCAGAAAGAGAUGGAGAAAAUUCUUCAUCAGCAUGCUAUUGAGCAUUCUACUUCCAAAGUAGCUCAGCUAAACAGUAAAAAUUCAACGCAGGAGGUCUUGAUAAAACAUCUUCAGCAGCAACUCCGUGAGUUGCAGAGAGAUCAAGAAGCCCUUAAAGUAUCACAGAUGCGAGAGGACAUUCUUCAGAAAGAAAUGGGAAAAUUGUUAGAAGAACUAAGAGAAGCUAAAGAGAGCCAGAGGCCUGAGAUGAAGCACUUUUUGUGCCUGGAAAGGAAGAUCAGACAGCUGGAAGCCAGAUAUGAACAAAGAGAGCAAGAGCUUCAGCAGGUGAUACAGCACACUCGACAUACUGCAGAACUGGAACAAACCCAGGAAACUGAGAAAUGGCGGAAGCUCGCCCUGCUGAAAAACCAAGAGCUGGAGAAGUUCCGCAUAGAACUGGAUUCCAUGUUGGACGUUCUGCGGCAACUGCAGAAGCAGGGUGUCAUAAUUCCUGCAGGAGGCUCAAACAUACCUGAAAGUUAUUGGAAGAUCUGAAGCAUACAAUUUUAUAAGGGAGUUUUAAUAAAGACAAAGCAGAAUGUAUUCCCCCAGGUCACAAAUCCACUUCUUGGACCUAUGUCCAGAUUUCCAUUGUACAGAUUCCUUGAAAUUUUUGUUGAUAGUUUUUAUGUUACUGAUAGGUGAAUUUGGAUAUUAAAUUGAAUAUGUUAAAA